AAAAGACACAAAACCAAAACCAAAACCAAAACCAAAAAAAAAAAAACAAUUCACUUUUGAAAAAUCAGGGUUCCCAUUUGGUCCUUACAACUUUACUCCUUUUGGGGCACAACACAGACUCCAACACUUCACCAAAAGUAGCACUCCAUUAUGGCUAGAAAAGCAGAAGCGCUCUCUCUCUUUCUCCUGAUUCUGUCCUUGAUUUCAGUUGGCACUUUCAAAUUGGCGAACGGACAGAAAACUUGGUGUGUGGCCAAGCCAUCUUCGAAUGCGGCGACUCUGUUGGAGAACAUCAACUACGCGUGCUCCCAGGUCGACUGCAGGAUUCUCCAAAAGGGUUGCCCAUGUUCCUCCCCGGACAAUCUUAUCAACCGUGCUUCGAUAGCCAUGAAUCUCUACUACCAGUGCAAAGGGAGGAACAAAUGGAACUGCGAUUUCAAGCAUUCCGGUCUCAUCACCGUGACUGAUCCAAGUUAUGACAGCUGCGUGUAUGAGUAGAAGUUUUUACAAAACAAGUAUACUUUUCACUUUAUGUGGAUUCACCAUAUUGCUGCAGAGGAACAGAGAUAUUGAUCCUUUUUUUUAUGUAGCCACAGCCAAACGUAGUAGCAACUUAUCCAAAUUCUCUUCUUGUUUUUGUAAUGUUUUCUUAUAGCAAUCAAAUACUUUGUUAAAACAUACAUGUUGCGAACAGAAAAGGGGAUCCUGUAGGGCAGCCGGUAGGAGUUCGGAUUAAAUCCGAGUCGUCGGCGUCAAAAUGGACGACCGAAUCGACCGCCCUACUGGCGAACAUGUCUAAAUGUAAGUGGAGUUGGGGAUUCAUCUCAAUAUAUAGUGACUUGCUAGUU